AUGAGACGUCUUUUGCGCUUUCCUUUUUCGAUAUGCACCUCGCUCACCCGUUUCAUACAUACCAAUGAGAACACACGUAACGUUGCUAUCAUCGCGCACGUCGACCACGGCAAGACUACGCUGGUGGAUAGCAUGCUUAGCCAGUCCGGCACAGUGGAAAACGCGCAUAAUCGUGUGAUGGACAGCAAAGACCAAGAGCGCGAGCGUGGCAUCACCAUCCUGGCAAAGAAUACAGCGGUACUUUUAACUGAGAAUGACAGUGCUGAACCGAAACGGAUUAAUAUUGUGGACACUCCUGGACAUUUGGACUUCUCUGGCGAGGUUGAGCGCGCGCUUCAGAUGGUGGAGGGGUUUAUUCUUCUUGUGGAUGCCAAGGAAGGCAUUCGCCCUGGCACCCGCUACGUUCUGCGAAAGGCUCUCGGACUUAAUCUAACACCUAUUGUGUGUAUUAACAAAAUUGACAAAGAUGACAGCUGCAUCGAGAAGACGGAAGAGGCUGUCCAGGAUUUGUUCUUGGACUGUGCUACCGACGACUCGCAGUUGGAUUUGUGCUUCAUGUAUGGAUCUGGUCGCUCCGGCUACAUGGGCAGAACACCGCAAAGGGGUGGGACGCUGUAUCCGCUUUUUCAGACGAUUUUCGAUGUUGUGCCACCUCCAAAGGCUGAAAGUGAUGAAGAACUUCAGAUGUUAGUGGCACAAGUUGGUAUGGGCAAGGGCGGUGCCGAGAAAAUUGCGAUCGGUCGCAUUUUCCAGGGCACAAUCACGGUCGGUGAUGUCGUCACUGUCGCCCUGGAGGAGAAGCAAGUAAACGCGCUCGUCAGUAAAAUUGAGUUAUACCGGGGUGUGCACACCGACAGCGUUACUUCCGCCAGAUUUGGCGAUAUUUGUGCGUUGACACUACAGGAGCCGAUCCAACAGAAAAUUCCACUCAAGAUUGGUUGUACCAUAGGUUCUGAGGGCAAGGUAAAGUUGUUUCCAUACCGAAAGCCCGACGAGCCCACGUAUAGUCUCAUCCUUCAGGAGAGCGAGGCGCCAUGGAAAGGGAAGGAGGCCGAUGAAAACAUGGGACGAAUUCGGUUUCUUCAGCAGCGGCUGGAGAGGGAGGCGAUGGUCAACACUGCCCUGCAACUUAGUGGACUGGAUACACCGCAAAUUACGAUGCAGGGGCGUGGUCCGCUUCACCUUUCCGUCAUUAUUGAGGACAUGCGUCGUGAGGGGUAUGAAUUCGAAAUUCAGGCCCCGAAAAUCAUUACCAAGGUCAUCGACGGGGUGGAGUGCGAGCCAUACGAGCACCUGACGCUUGAGUUCAAGGAUAAUCUCAUGUCUGAGAUGGUUUCAUUUCUAAGUAUGAAGAUGGCUGAGAUCGGUGAAAUCCAACAAGUUUCGGAUGGUCGCGUAGUCCUGGAGUGUGUGAUGCCAGUGCGCCUCAUGGCGCGUGUUCCCCUCAAGUUUCAUACCAUGACUGGAGGGGAUGGCGUCCUGAACCACCACUUUGACUCCUUUAAGCCACUAGCGGCUUCGGAAAAUGCGCGCGAAACCGGUGCACUUAUUUCAGUCGAAAAUGGAGAGAUCACCGAUUGGGCUCUGUCGGGGCUGUCCUCACAGGGGAAUUUCUUUGUUCUGCCUGGAGACCAUGUCUACUAUGGGCAGAUCAUCGGUGAGAACACAAAGACACUGUGGCAAAAUCUGGGUUUAAAUGCUUGUAAACACAAUGACCAGCUGGGUGGGAUGCGCGCCAACGCGAAUGACAAGUCCAAAAGCAGACGUUCAGGAUACAAAGCGGCGCGUUUUACCUUUGAAGACUGCGCUUCAUGGGUCACCGAUGACGAGUUGAUCACAGUAACACCAAAAUCUAUUCGAAUUCGUAAGCCCAACUUUAACGGGAAGACAACCAUGCGCACGGUAAAGCGGAAGAGUGCAUGA